AUGGGCAUCAAGACAUCAUUGCCUGCAGCGGAGCUGGGCCUAUACUCCCUGGUGUUGAGUGGGGCCCUGGCCUAUGCUGGCCGGGGCCUCCUCGAGGCUUCACAAGAUGGGGCCCACAGGAAGGCCUUCCGGGAGUCUGUGCGACCCGGCUGGGAGUACAUUGGCCGGAAGAUGGAUGUGGCUGACUUUGAGUGGGUGAUGUGGUUCACCUCCUUCCGCAAUGUCAUCAUCUUCGCCCUCUCUGGACAUGUGCUGUUUGCUAAAUUCUGCACGAUGGUUGCCCCCCAGCUCCGCUCCUGGAUGUAUGCUGUGUACGGGGCCCUGGCCGUGGUGGGCACUAUGGGCCCUUGGUACCUGCUGCUGCUGCUUGGCCAUUGUGUGGGUCUCUAUGUGGCCUCACUCUUGGGCCAGCCCUGGCUCUGUCUCAGCCUGGGCCUGGCCAGCCUUGCCUCCUUCAAGCUGGACCCCCUAAUCUCCUGGCAGAGCGGGUUUGUAACAGGCACUUUUGAUCUUCAAGAGGUGCUGUUUCAUGGGGGCAGCGGUUUCACAGUGCUACGUUGUACCAGCUUUGCGCUGGAGAGCUGUGCCCACCCCGAUCGCCGCUACUCCCUAGCCGACCUGCUCAAGUACAACUUCUACCUGCCUUUCUUCUUCUUCGGGCCCAUCAUGACCUUCGAUCGCUUCCACGCCCAGGUGAGCCUGGCGGAGCCGGUGAGGCGCGAGGGCGAGCUGUGGCGCAUCCGGGCCCAGGCGGGCCUCAGCGUGGUGGCCAUCAUUGCCGUGGACAUCUUCUUUCACUUCUUCUACAUCCUCACCAUCCCCAGUGACCUCAAGUUCGCCAACCGCCUCACGGACAGCGCCCUCGCUGGCCUAGCCUACUCAAACCUGGUGUACGACUGGGUGAAGGCGGCCGUCCUCUUCGGCGUCGUCAACACCGUGGCGCGCCUUGACCACUUGGACCCGCCCCAGCCUCCCAAGUGCAUCACAGCGCUCUACGUCUUCGCGGAAACGCACUUUGACAGAGGCAUCAACGACUGGCUUUGCAAGUACGUGUACAACCACAUUGGUGGGGAGCACUCCAAGGUGAUCCCAGAGCUGGGGGCCACUGUGGCCACAUUUUCCAUCACCACUCUGUGGCUCGGGCCUUGUGAUAUCGUCUACCUGUGGUCAUUCCUUAACUGCUUUGGCCUCAACUUUGAGCUCUGGGUGCAGAAGCUGGCAGAAUUGGGGCCGCUAGCGCAAAUUGAGGCCUCUCUGUCGGAGCAGACGUCCCGCAGGGUCCGGGCUGUCUUUGGGGCCAUGAACUUCUGGGCUAUCGUCACGUACAACCUUGUAAGCCUGAACAGCCUCGAGUUCACAGAGCUGGUCGUCCGGCGCCUGCUACUCACAGGGUUCCCCCAGACCACACUGGCUGUCCUGUUUGUCACCUACUGUGGUGUCCAGCUGGUGAAGGAGCGAGAGCGAACCCUGGCUCUGGAGGAGGAGCAGAAGCUGGACAAAGAGAAGCUGGAGUAGGUGGGAGGAGGAAGGGGGAGGGCUCUGCUCAGCUAUUCCUGGGCCCAGGCCCAGGCCAGGCCAGAUGGGGCCUGACUGAUAGAAUAAAAGACUU